CCCCAACCAAGCAAAGAAUAGGAGGCAGGCAGCGAAAGACAGAGAGAGAGAUUCAGAUCCAUCCUCACCUCCCUCGGUCCUUCCUCGGUUUCUUCUCCCACCACCAGCCCCAGAUCCACCCGUCCCUCCGCCGAUCUCCGUCGCCAGGAGCGGCUCCUAGUGGUACAGCAGUAGUAGGAGUAGGAGGCGGCGGCGCCGAGCAGCGCGGAGAAGAUGUUCCUGUGGGACUGGUUCUACGGGGUGCUGGCCUCGCUCGGCCUGUGGCAGAAGGAGGCUAAGAUCCUCUUCCUCGGCCUGGACAACGCUGGCAAGACCACCCUUCUCCACAUGCUCAAGGACGAGCGGCUGGUGCAGCACCAACCAACGCAGCACCCCACGUCGGAGGAGCUCAGCAUCGGCAAGAUCAAGUUCAAAGCCUUCGACCUCGGAGGCCACCAGAUCGCUCGCCGAGUCUGGAAAGACUACUACGCCAAGGUUGAUGCUGUGGUAUACUUGGUAGAUGCGUAUGACAAGGAGCGCUUUGCUGAAUCAAAGAAGGAGCUUGAUGCCCUCCUUUCUGAUGAUUCCUUGGCAAACGUCCCAUUUCUCAUUCUUGGCAAUAAGAUUGAUAUCCCAUAUGCUGCCUCAGAAGAAGAGCUGCGGUAUCACUUAGGCCUUAGCAACUUCACAACUGGGAAGGGCAAGGUCAACCUUGUCGACUCCAAUGUCCGGCCUCUUGAGGUAUUCAUGUGCAGUGUUGUCCGCAAGAUGGGCUAUGGCGAUGGGUUCAAGUGGGUCUCUCAGUAUAUCAAGUAGGGCUCUUGUUGGUCACAGCGUGCAUACUUUGCCCAUCAAAUUUUUUCCUGUCAUUUGCUUCGGUUGGUUGUUUGUCACGACAGCAAUGAUAUCAUGACGGUAUCUGAGGGUAUGAAGAGAAAAACAAUGCUUAACAUUGGGUGCCAUGCUGAAUCUUCUUUAGCCUCGAACCAUUUGAUACUUUCGAGCUCCUAAAAUUCUUUUGCUUUUCCAUAGGAAUUUACCAAAGACUUUAUGGUGAUGGAUUAUAAGAUUAUUUGUUAAAUGA